CGUCCGCGCGCAGGCUCCCGGCGCCGGCGCUUCCGGGUUGGCGGCGGCGGCGCAGGGACAGAAGCCCGGACGACGCAGGUACCCCGGCGGCGGAUUCUGCAGAGUAGGGGGCCUGGGUGGCCUUGGCACGGGUGCGCCAUCCAGGCCGCCAGGUGGGACGGCCGCGAUCCGGACCCCGCCGGGCGCCCCGACAGAGGAGAAAACAGACCCUGAGAGGCAACAGGGAUCUUGGAGACUCACCCAACUAGGCUUUAUGCUUCUUGGCUUCUAAAGAAAAUGGCAGAAACAUCAUCAGAGCCUUCUGGGCAGCUUGUUGUACACUCAGACACUCACAGUGACACUGUUCUGGCCAGUUUUGAGGAUCAGCGGAAGAAAGGCUUUCUCUGUGACAUCACUUUAAUCGUGGAGAAUGUGCAUUUCCGGGCUCACAAAGCCUUACUUGCUGCCAGUAGUGAAUACUUCUCCAUGAUGUUUGCUGAAGAGGGGGAGAUUGGUCAGUCCAUUUAUAUGCUGGAAGGCAUGGUUGCUGACACGUUUGGUAUGCUGCUGGAAUUUAUCUACACGGGUUGUCUCCAGGCCAGUGCGAAGAGUACGGAACAGGUCCUGGCUACCGCUCAGUUCUUAAAAGUCUAUGACCUGGUAAAGGCUUACACGGAUUUCCAAAAUAAUCAUAGCUCCCCAAAGCCAACGACUUUGAGCACUGCUGGUGCCCCAGUGGUUGUUAUUUCUAAUAAGAAAAAUGAUCCUCCAAAGCGGAAACGGGGAAGGCCAAGAAAAGUCAACAGUUUGCAGGAGGGGAAAUCACAGCUGCCUGCAGAGGAAGAAAUACAGCUGAGAGUAAACAAUUCGGUUCAAAAUAGACAUAACUUUGUGGUAAAAGAGGGAGACAGCGGUAUACUGAAUGAACAGAUUCCAGCAAAAGACACAGAAGAUUGUGAGCCAGGGAGAGGGGAGGAAGUGCCUGCUGAAAAAGAUGAGAAUUGUGAUCCCAAGACCCAGGACGGGCAGGACAGCCAGAGUCGGUACAGCAAGCGGAGGAUUCGGAGGUCCGUCAAACUUAAAGAUUACAAACUUGUUGGGGACGAAGAUGACCAGGGUUCAGCCAGAAGGGUCUGUGGAAGGAGAAAGCGCCCUGGUGGCCCUGAGGCCUGUUGUAAGGACUGUGGCAAAGUGUUUAAGUACAAUCACUUUUUGGCAAUCCACCAGAGGAGCCACACGGGGGAGCGGCCUUUCAAAUGUAAUGAGUGUGGAAAAGGCUUUGCCCAGAAGCACUCCCUGCAGGUCCACACCCGGAUGCACACUGGCGAACGACCCUACACCUGCACGGUGUGCAGCAAGGCUCUCACCACCAAGCACUCCCUGCUGGAGCACAUGAGUCUGCAUUCAGGACAGAAGUCUUUCACCUGUGAUCAGUGUGGCAAAUAUUUUAGCCAGAAAAGACAACUAAAGAGCCAUUAUCGAGUUCACACAGGCCACUCAUUACCGGAAUGCAACCACUGCCAUCGCAAAUUCAUGGAUGUGUCUCAGCUAAAGAAACAUCUACGGACACACACAGGUGAGAAGCCAUUUACUUGUGAAAUCUGUGGCAAAUCUUUCACAGCAAAGAGUUCUCUUCAGACCCAUAUCAGAAUCCACAGAGGAGAAAAGCCAUACUCCUGUGGCAUAUGUGGCAAAUCCUUCUCUGACUCCAGUGCCAAGAGGAGACACUGCAUUCUGCACACAGGCAAAAAGCCCUUCUCCUGCCCUGAGUGUAACUUACAGUUUGCUCGCUUAGACAACUUGAAGGCUCACUUGAAAAUCCAUAGCAAAGAGAAACCUGCAUCAGAUGCCAGCAGCGUUUCUGGCAAUAAUAACACUGAAGAGGUCAGGAAUAUUCUUCAGCUGCAGCCCUAUCAACUGUCUGCAUCUGGAGAGCAAGAAAUUCAGCUUCUUGUAACCAAUUCUGUACAUAACAUCAAUUUCAUGCCUGGUCCUAGCCAAGGAAUCAGCAUUGUCACAGCAGAGAGUUCUCAGAACAUGACCGCGGACCAGGCCGCUAAUCUCACCCUGCUCACGCAGCAGCCAGAACAACUGCAGAAUUUAAUUCUUUCAGCCCAACAGGAGCAAACAGAACACAUUCAGAGCCUCAAUAUGAUUGAAAGCCAGAUGGAACCCGCACAGACCGAGCCAGUGCAUGUAAUCACACUCUCCAAGGAAACCCUGGAACAUCUUCACGCCCAUCAAGAGCAAACAGGGGAGCUCCAUUUAGCAAGUGCUUCAGAUCCGGCUCAACACCUGCAGCUGACGGAGCCUGCUCCCCCGACACCCAACCACCAUGUGCCCCCACCCCCACCACUUAGCCAGGAGCAGAGCUGACCUGUAAACGUGUGUGAUCGAUUGGUCUCCUCCCAGUGAGCCAGCUGUAACUGUGCCGGAAGGCAGGCUUUCUGAAGCACUCACAAGUCUUUCCAGAGGUGUGAUGGCUAGCUGCUAGUUCUGAUGCUUUCCAUCCAGGCAACAAGACGUGUGUGUCGUAUCUUGUAUGUGGUCCAGAUUUGGAUUUAGCAUUCAUUAUUGAUGAAUGGUUUUCAUUUUCAUCCAAA